UCGCGGAUCAGCCUCCGCCGCAGAGUAGCCUCCGCCGUUAAAGGAGGCAGUGCCCUCCGCCUUCUCCUCAGGGAGAGAGAGUCCCCGGAACAAAGAGAUGGCGUCGUUCAAUCUCGGGGGGCUCCAUUCUUCUUCUUCUUCUUCCUCGCGGAGGAAAAGCGUCCAUUCCCGCAACGCCACCGUCGAGAGGAGGAACCUCAUCACCGUCUGCAGGUUUUCUAUCAAGACAUUGAUUGAUCGAUCCUGUUUUGAAACUAUUGAUGAUUCUUCUACUGAAUUCAACAAUUUUGCAGCCAUUCUGGAACAAAUUCUAAGCCAUCGACUUAAAGGUCAAAUGACUUGGUUUGGUUAUGAAAGCCCUCGUAGCUUCUGGGAUUAUAUCAAGGUGGCUUGUCGCAAGGUUUCACAUAACUGCAUCUGUAGCAUUGAAAAUAUGGAAAAUGUUGGUUCUUCAAGAGCUAAGGGGAGAGCUUGGAUCAGAGUAGCACUUAUGGAAAAGCAUUUGUCUGAAUAUAUUUCAACAGCUUUGAGAGACUUCAAAACAACCAGGAGAUUCUAUGAAGAUGGAGCAAUUGUACUGGGGGAAGAAGCAAACAUGCUUGCCGGCAUGCUUCUAGGACUCAAUGCUAUUGAUUUCAGCUUCUGCCUCAAGGGUGAAGGUUUGGAUGGCAACUAUCCAGCUGUGAUAGACUACACACCAUACCUGAAAUUCACCCAAAGUUCUGACAGCAUCAGUAGUGAUGAAGAAGAGCUAAGAACAUUGGGCAGCAGUGGCAGUGAAAGCAGUACACCAGAAAAUAUUGGUCCUCCUUUCAACAUGGGUGAGAACAGCUGGUACAACAAAUGCAAACGGGUUGAGCAAAAAUACCGACUCACACUGGAGCAGAAGGGUUAUCUAGAAGAGCUAGUACGUCUUAGAGAGACUCAGCUGGCUGAAUCCAUCUCUCAGAAGAAGCUAUUACGUCAGAAGAUAGAAGCUAUGAAUAUGACCCAUAAAACAGAAAAGGAACAACUUGAGUACAUCAUUGUGGAACUGCAAGAUCAGCUAACUGUGCUAAAGAAUAAUGAUUUAAGAUCAAGACAAGAAUUAACUACCCAUCUCACCAAUCAGUGGCCUUCCCCAGGAGCUCUGGAUGUUAAUGCUGUUGCCUUGGAUACGCUACUUUAUCGAAAACAAAAUAAACAAUGGGAUGAAAAGAAUUUCCACAGUCCAGACCAGCUCUCAGCUGAUGUAAGCUUAUCGCAAACUUCUCUGGAUCCAAGCCAUUCACAAGAUGAAGAUGGAAAGCAGGAUGGACUAAAUUCACUUAGUGAAGGAAAAGAAGAUACUCCUUCGUUACUUGGCCUCUGUGGCUCUUUAACUUCAGUAGCAAGCUACAAAUCUCUAACAAGUUUGAAAUCAAGUGAAUAUCUUGCAAGCCCCACGACAGAGAUGACAAGUCCUGGACUAACUCCUUCUUGAGCAGAUCUGUGCAGAGAAGACCAUUUGUUUUUGAACUCAGUUGGCAUGCCUGGGUUUAUCAAUUGUCAAGGCUCAUAGAAAGUCAACCUGCUUUAACAAGAAUGCUACCUGUCUUUUUCUUCUUCUUUUUUUUACAAUUGUCUUGAAAAAGGACAUUCUUAGGUAUGCAUUUGUUGACUACUUAACAAUAUCUAGUCUCUUGUUGAAUGUACAGUUAAGGUUAAGAAUCCCCAUAUGCAAAGGCAGAAGGGAUUAAGUUCUGGAAUUUGUCUUUUGUGCAAGACUCAUUGAUAUCCAAAGUACUUUACUGUACUUUUUUAGAUAGGCUAAUCUUGUCAAGGAUAACUUGAAAAUGGGUAGGUAAGUAAACAAAUUUUUGAAUUUAUUGUAAAAAGCCAAAUAUUGUACUAUUAUGAUGAAUUCAAAAUUAACUACUUAGAAUGGUCAUAUUUUCCAUUAUACUGUAGAGCACAGUUUUAAUUUGUUCAGGUUUCUGAAUUAUUGUCUACUUUCAUCAGCAUCGUACACGUAUUCAGCAUUUUGAUGCAUAAGCUCUAUGCAGGCAUUUUCAUGAACUGGUGGCAGGGAUAUGAGUGAACAUAUAAGCCUAGCCUUCAAAGGUCAUUGUGCUCUCAACAGCUUCACAGACCUUCAUGUUGUAAGUGUGAAGUUGUACUGUAUAUAGGACUCUGAAAUUGUAUUACAUAGUUAUCUGAUAAGGCCAGGUUGUGUCACUGAAGCUCUGUAACUGUGUUCAACUGAAUGCAGUUAUGGGGUUCUAUACAGACCUGCACUGGGCUAUAGUGAACUAACUUGCAGUUUUCAAAAGGGAGAAAUUCAGAGAUGGCUUCCAUAUUACUGAGCUCAAGGUAGAGCUUAAUUUAAAGGUUUGAGUUGUUUCCUGAGAAAAGACAUUCGAUAUAUAUAGGUUCUUGUAUGAGAAGUACAUAUCUCUGAAUAGAAAACAUUACAAUGGCCUUUUGUGUAUACGUUUUUGUUAAAACAUUUUGCGGUUUUUUUGUUCAGACCUAUUUGUUCUAUUUGCUUUGUAGGGAAAAAAAUCAUGUGCAAUUAGUCAGGUUACAGUAAGCUAUUUUACAAGUUCUGCAGUUUAAUUUUUGAAGUGCAAUCAUCUCAGACUACUAGCUUCCUAGCAUUACUGUAAAUGGUUAUUUGUAGUAACCACUGGUAAGUUUGUGUAGAAGCGUUGAUACACACAGGGACUCUUGAACAGAUGACUCUGAGGAAAUACUUUAUUGUGCCAAAGAAGUUUUAUACUUUGUUUACUAGUGUGCAGCAACAUGUGGGAAUCUAAAAAUACACCUACCUUUCAGAUUGGUCAGUUUAAUCACAUAUCAUUUUUCCAUGCGGAGAUGUGCCUCUUGUAAGACAUGUUAUAAAAUUUGAUUUGGAUGAGCAAGAAACAAACCAUGUUGAUAAAUUUACCAUUAUAUAUAUAUAUGCUGCAUUGAAUUUUGAAACAAGACAGCACUCUUGCUCUGCCAGAAUGUAUAAGCUGGCUGCCUGAUAUAAGUAAUUUAAUAGUAAAUAAGUAAAAAAAUAAAAACAUUAAAAAACAUGAAAUAAAACUAAUUUGUGCAGCUAGGUUUCCAGAAGUGUAUACAGGAACAUUAGCAGGCUCAUGUGAAAACUUUCUUGGGCCAAAAUGAUUGCUUUAUUAUUGAUGGGUUGGCAAAGCUGGGAUGAAAGUCUUUUGGAGAACAUUUGUAAACUCUAAAAUGUGUGUGCGUGUGUGUGUGUGUGUGUGAAACCAGGUGAUUGGAUACUUGUGCAUGAAAAAGUUUGCUGUCAUUUUGAAAUCUGGCUAAACUUUGAGAAUUCAAAAGGCAAAUUGUGCAAAUUUAUUGCCCUGCUAUAUCAAAUAUUGCAUGUGCAUUAAAACAUUUUGUAACAUUA